ACCAUGGGAGAACGUGGAAAGCAAAAACAACGAAGAGGUGGUGCACGGUGACGGAGCUGAAGUGAUAGGUAGCGCCGAGCGCCGAAAAUUGUGAAUCCAGUGAUAGGUUCUGAACGGAGUGGUCACCGUAAACUCUUCGUCCAUGUUAAUUCGCCACAUCUCCGCAACCGGAUAUUGCACGUACAAACGGUUUCCGGCCGAUGUAUGAGAACCUUUUCGUUGUAGAACGGCUUAAAACAGCGCAAACAAAGCUGUCGGAAUGCGCGAAAGCGAGAGUUCCCGUGGAUAUGCAUUGUACGUGUUACCUAUGGUAUUACGAAACUGAUACAUGUACCGGCUCAUUUCCUUUAUGCAAUGUCAUACGUGUAUCAGUGUAUAGACUAUAUGCGCUGACAGUCUGCGGAUAACGAUCGCAAACUGACUGAUCAGGCUCGCAGUUUCGAAUGUCGAUCCACAGAAUAUGCAAAUCAGUCUAGAGCCUGUGGCCCUGUAGGCAGUAGGCACUGUACAUUCUUGAUUAGGAACUAGGAAGUAUCUGUAGCAAAUUAUUGUACUAGGUGCAGUACAUAACUGCGAAUUUACAGUACAUCAUUUACAUCGCGCAAGAUUUCAGUCUGUUUUUUUAACUGAAAAGUAUACUGUCUUAAGCGCAAAACCUGUCCAUUCAAGGAAAUAAUUUAACCACGAAGAGGAGCUAAUUCAGUCUUUCCUAUCCUAAUAAGAAGAUGGCGUCAACAAGCAGAACAGGCCGUGACUGGUUCGAAUAUAAUCAGGAUGAAGGCAGCGAUACGGACACCAUCAACGACUUUCCGAAUCCGGCCGACAGUAGGAUGUCCACACAAAGCCGUUUUCCGUUCAACACAAGCGCCGAAGAUUUCAGCGGUGCAACGUCAGCAGUCGCCGCACAGUUUGCAGAAUGGACACCGCAUGAUGAUCCAGAGGAGUUUCAGGGCGGAGACGCGCCGCAGUUACCUUUCGACGAGGACCAUCCGGAAGACGCAAUGGACCCGCACGAAUAUGCGCUUAUGGUGUUCGAAAAUGUCAGUGAACGCGAAGCAGUGCGGAAAGUGUGCGAAAAGAAAGGAAUUUUCGAUUUCCUGACUAAACUUUUGAUGCCUUUGGAGAACAUGGAAUCAGAUGAUCCUCUGAGUUUUUUGAAGGCCAGCUUGUACGAUCGUCUCCUGGAAUUUGAUCCGAUCCAGUACGAGUAUGCACAGUCGCUGCAGUUAAAGGCGGAAGUAGAGCGAAGUGUGGCGGCACUGGAAGUCAAACUGAAGGAAGUGCAGAGGGAGUCUGAGAAGGAAGCGGAAGUGCGGAAUAGAAAGCCGCGAUAUUAACACCCGCACCGGAAGUGCACGGUUGCCGACGUAAGAAUUCCGGCUGGUGCGUUCGGCCAUUGUGGCGGAUGAAUAGACUGCUGGAAAUAGAAUGUCUGUGUGUGUACUUUUUAAUGGAGGUAUGCGUUACGGUUUGCACCUAGAAAAAUGGGUACCUUUUAAAAGAAGAAUGGAAAGGUCGAAGGUUUUUCUGUACAUAAAGAUUGCUUUUGUUUUUAUUAUGAUUUACAUCUUUUAGUUUUGCGGGUAGCACCCAUUGAAUAAGUUUGUGUUUUGCAAGCGACUGAUUUUUGUUGACACUUUCAAGGCAAAAAAAAACUACUUAACAGUG